CCCACACACACCACCCCGCACCGCCUCGGCCGCGCAUACUCCAGCGGGCUCGCCUCAGCUGCGCUGGACACUCGACAGCCGACGCCAUGGACGUGCUCUCCUCCGUCGACCCCACGCAGUCGGGCGCGCCCGACGCGCUGCGCCCCUCCUUCUUCGAGCUCGUCGCGCAGGAGCAGCUGCGCGACCUCCUCGCGCCCGCGCUGCGCUUCGUCGUCGCCACGCUCGCGCAGCGCCAUCCACGCGCCCUGCUGCGUGUCGCAAACCGCUUCGACGAGGUGUAUGCGCUCGCAAUGUACGCCGUCGAGCGCCACUACCUUAAGACGUGGGGCUCCUCCUUUGCCGAGAACUUCUACGGCCUGCGGCGGCGGCGACGCCCGGGACUCUCGAGCUCGCGCACCAAGGGCUUCAGCGCGACGCCGCGUGCCAGCUUGGCGCGCUACGAGGCGCUGCGGCCGCGCGAGAUCCGCGCCAGCCUGUUCCUGCUCGUGGCAGCACCGUAUCUCAAGGGCAAGCUGCACGAUGCGUGGGAGCGUGUUGGCGGAGGCGCACAGGGCGCGCUGUUUGAGGAUGAGCGCGGUUGGGCAGACGAGACCGCCUCACAGACGCGGAUAGAGCGACUGCGCGCGCUGGCGACGUACGCACUGCGGCACGGCUACCCGUGGGCCAGCGCUGCGUACCAGCUGUGGCUGCUGAGCUACAACAUCGCCUACCUCUUCGAGAAGACGCCGUACUGGCGGCCGUGGCUGCAGGCGCUGCGGGUCGACAUCCGGCGUGUGGGCCCUGGCGACUACCCGCCAGCACCACCGCUGCUGCCGCCCGACAUGCCCUCGCCGCUGCGGUCGCCGCUGCAGUUCGCGCUGCGUCUGCUGCAGUCGUCGCCGUACAUGGCCUUCGAGGCGCUCAAGUAUGCGCUGCCGCUCUCCAUCUUCGCCUUCAAGUUCCUCGAGUGGUGGUACUCGCCCGACAACCCUCGGCGGCGGCGUGGCGGCGGCGGUGGAGCAUCAGGCGCGCUCGGCGGAGAGAACGACUCAGCGCCGACGCUGGGCGCACCAAAGGUGCUGCUGCCGCACCCUAAGGGCUGCCUGUACGUCAAGGACGCCAGCUGGCGCGCGCCGGGCGUCGCUACGACACGCCUGCCGCCCGUCGAGGACAGCGAGAAGCGGCUGGCGGCGCAGGAGGGCCUGCUGCACAAUUCCUGCGUGCUCUGCGGCGCCGCGCCCAUUGCCAAUCCGGCUAUGCUGCCCACGGGCUACGCGGGCUGCUUUGCCUGCCUGCACGCGGCGCUCGAGCGUGUCCCGCGCUGUCCCGUCACGCUGGUGCGCGUCGCCGAGGGCGAUCUGCGGCGUGUGCUGGGCUGAGGGGCCUGCGAGCCCAAUGCUAUACCUCUGCCGGCACGAUCACGCGAGACGAGUAGCCGAGAAGAGAUGUAUUGUGCGCACGAGGGCGGCAGCGGGUCAGAUGGAGCUAUAUCAAAGUAUGUCUGGAU